AUGAAAACCUUAUAUUCCCUGAGGAGGUUCUACCCCGUGGAAACGCUCUUUAAUGGAACUCUAACUUUAGCUGGUCGUGACCAAGAAACCACUGGUUUCGCUUGGUGGGCUGGUAAUGCCCGACUUAUUAAUUUGUCAGGCAAAUUACUUGGGGCUCAUGUGGCUCAUGCCGGAUUAAUUGUAUUCUGGGCUGGAGCAAUGAAUCUAUUUGAAGUGGCUCAUUUUGUACCGGAAAAACCUAUGUAUGAACAAGGAUUGAUUUUACUUCCCCAUCUAGCGACUCUAGGAUGGGGAGUCGGUCCUGGUGGGGAAAUCGUGGACACUUUUCCCUAUUUUGUAUCCGGGGUACUUCACUUAAUUUCUUCUGCAGUUUUAGGCUUCGGUGGUAUUUAUCACGCACUAAUUGGACCCGAAACUUUAGAAGAAUCUUUUCCAUUUUUUGGUUAUGUAUGGAAAGAUAGGAACAAAAUGACCACAAUUUUAGGUAUUCACCUAAUCUUGCUAGGUGUUGGUGCUUUUCUCCUAGUGUUUAAGGCUUUGUAUUUUGGUGGCAUAUAUGAUACUUGGGCUCCCGGCGGUGGAGAUGUAAGAAAAAUUACGAACCUUACGCUUAACCCAAGUACUAUAUUUGGUUAUUUACUUAAAUCCCCUUUUGGAGGGGAGGGAUGGAUUGUUAGCGUUGACAAUCUAGAAGAUCUAAUUGGAGGACAUGUGUGGUUAGGUUCCAUUUGUAUCUUCGGUGGUAUCUGGCACAUCUUAACAAAACCUUUUGCGUGGGCUCGCCGCGCGUUUGUAUGGUCCGGAGAAGCUUACUUAUCCUAUAGUUUGGCGGCUCUCUCUGUCUUUGGUUUCAUUGCUUGUUGUUUUGUUUGGUUUAACAAUACAGCUUAUCCCAGUGAAUUCUAUGGACCUACCGGCCCAGAGGCCUCUCAAGCACAAGCAUUUACUUUUCUAGUUAGAGACCAACGUCUUGGAGCUAGUGUGGGGUCUGCCCAAGGGCCUACUGGUUUAGGUAAAUAUCUUAUGCGUUCUCCUACUGGAGAAAUUAUUUUUGGAGGGGAAACGAUGCGUUUUUGGGAUCUUCGUGCUCCCUGGUUGGAACCUCUAAGAGGUCCUAAUGGUUUGGACCUGAGUAAGCUGAAAAAAGACAUACAACCUUGGCAAGAACGACGUUCAGCAGAAUAUAUGACUCAUGCUCCUUUAGGUUCUUUAAAUUCUGUGGGUGGUGUAGCUACCGAGAUUAAUGCGGUCAAUUAUGUCUCACCUCGAAGUUGGUUAGCCACCUCUCAUUUUGUUCUAGGAUUUUUCUUUUUCGUAGGUCAUUUGUGGCAUGCAGGAAGAGCUCGUGCAGCUGCAGCAGGAUUUGAGAAAGGAAUUGAUCGUGAUUUUGAACCUGUUCUUUCCAUGACCCCUCUUAAUUAA